AUGAAAUUUGUCCGCCUUCCAGUCACCAACGUUUCUUGCCCUCCCGAUUACAAGUAUCGUUGUGCUCUUACAUUUGGGUUCAACUCCAGGCUCAACGACUACAAGGUAGUAAGGUUGGUAACGUUUAUUUGGGGGAAGAAAUGCAAUGAAGUGGAGGUUUACAGUUUAAGUACAAACUCUUGGAAGAGCAUUGGUGUAAUUCCUCCUCGGAUAAAUUCCAUGGGUUGGCAUUCUGGACAUGCAGUUUCUAAUGGGAUAGCAUACUGGAUUAUGGGAGAGGAAGAGGAUGAUAGCUUUCAUCUCGUGUCGUUUGAUACUGGCAGUGAGGUAUUUGAACAAGUGUUGCUGCCAGAGGCUAUUGUGGAGGGACUUGGAAGCGUUGAGGGAGAAAUUCAGGCGUACAAGGAAUCAGUUUGCUUAUUGCAAUGCGAUAGAAGUGAGCCAGAGCUCCACGUAGGCAUAUGGGUGCUCCAGGAGAAGUGUUUAAAUAAGAUGCACACUGUUGUUAUUCCUGGAAUGUGGCCUAUGCCAUUGGGCUUUACAACGAAUGAUGAACUCCUCGUGAACUAUGUUGGAAAGAAAGGUGAAAUUUAUCUGGCUAUUUACAAUCUUCAAACCAAGCAGAUCAAUGAAACCAGAGUUAGGUUGCCCAAGCAUUGUUUUCUUGACUCUGAUGCUGUGGAUACUUAUGUUGAAA